UUGGGUUUGCAUAGGAAAGUUUUGAGACAAUGGAACGAAUGUGAAAUAGAGUCAGUUGAGAGACUAGAAAACAGCACGAUACCUGUACAAGCUGGGAUAGCAAAUGUUUCUUCCAAUUCCAUAUUAGCACAUCGAGCUAUUAUUACCAUUAUUUUAUUAUUAUCCUUGUACGGUUAUAGUUCGUUGAAAACACAAAUAGCAACUUUAAUUGAGAGGUCAAACGAGAACUUGCAAGCUUGUAAUGACAACGCCUAUAGCAUCUUAAGUACAUUAGAAGUGUUUCAUCAGCAUAAAGUACGUAUGGGCGUUAUGUAUAAAAGAAUCACCGAAAAAUCCGAGAAAGAUAUUAGUAGCUUAAAAAACAAAUUAUUUUUAUGUCAGGAGAAGUCUGAAAAGGCUAAGGAGGAAAUUGAAGCCUUAGAAGACUUAGUGGUUCAUUCUAAUCAAACGAAGGAAGGACAAGAAAAGGAUGACUAUAAGGAAUUGAAAGAACUAGUGAGGAACUUGAAAUCACAAAUAACAGAUAAAGAACAGAUUAUAAUAAAACAGCUGUCAGAAUUGACAAAUGCCAAGAAUUCACUAAAGAGCUGCGAGAAAAUGAUCGAGCAGUAUGUUGGGCUUCAAAUGUUGAGCAUUCUACUUGAGAAAGUGAUAUCGUAA